AUAUCAAACAAGAAUAUAAAUGAAAAGGAAUUAAUUAUUGGACUUUCCUUUACUCUCUCUCUUUACCUGCACAGAAUAUCACGCUACUGAUUAUUAUGGUAAGUACAAGAUUUAAGUAUGAACAGAAUGAUUUUGUAGAAGAAAACAAGAAAUUGGAGUAAACCCAAGUUGCAUUUGGAGCCAAAAUGCUGAGAUUCCAUUAUUCUUUCUUGUUUCUUUGCUACUGCGUGAUUCUUCAGCUUGUUUGCUCUCGCCAUGAGCCGUAUGUAAUGCGAAUAAGCUGUGGAGCUCGACAGGAUGUUCAUAGUGCCCCUACAAAUACCCGCUGGCAUAAGGAUUUUGCAUAUACUGGAGGGAUACCUACCAAUGGAACAUGGCCAAGUUUCAUUACACCUCAACUCUCUACUCUUCGGUAUUUCCCGUUAUCAGAGGGACCUGAGAAUUGUUACAAUAUCAAGAGAGUCCCCCAUGGCCACUAUUCAGUGAGGAUUUUCUUUGGAUUGGUUAAAGAACCAAGCUUUGAUAAUGAACCACUGUUUGAUGUUUCUGUUGAAGGCACCUUGGUUUAUACUUUGCCAUCUGGUUGGAGCAAUCACGACGAUGAACGAGCAUUUGUUGAAACACUUAUUUUUCUUGAUGAUGGUACUGCCUCUCUUUGCUUCCACAGCACGGGUCAUGGAGAUCCAGCUAUACUUGCAAUUGAAAUUCUCCAAGUAGAUGACAGAGCAUACUAUACUGGUCCUGACUUUGGUAAAGGGACAAUUAUUAGAACUGUCAGAAGACUCAACUGUGGUGCUCAGAAAUCAAAGUUUGAUGUGGACUACAGUGGUGAUCAUUGGGGUGGUGACCGGUUUUGGAAUUCAAUCAAGACCUUUGGCCAGAAUUCUGAUCGCCUCAUUUCUACCAAAAACAGUACAAAGUCAACUUCCAAAGCACCAAACUUCUACCCCGGAUCUAUUUAUCAAACUGCUCUUCUUAGCACUGACAAUGAGCCAGAAUUAACAUACACAAUGGAUGUCGAUCCCAAUAAAAAAUACUCUGUUUGGUUACACUUUGCGGAAAUUGACCCUUCAGUUACAUCCGUGGGUCAGAGGGUCAUGGACAUUUUGAUCAAUGGUGACACUGUAUUUUCAGAUGUUGACAUUGUGAAGAUGACUGGGGGUAUUAACAGUGCUCUCGUGCUGAACACAACAGUUGUAGUCAGUGGCAGGACUUUAACAAUCACAUUGCAUCCAACAAAAGGAACUCACGCCAUAAUUAGUGCUAUUGAAAUCUUUGAGGUUAUUGUAGCUGAAUCUAAAACGUUACUUGACGAAGUCCGGGGUUUGCAGUCGCUAAAGAAUGCACUUGGACUUCCCCUUCGGCUUGGAUGGAAUGGUGAUCCAUGUGUGCCCCAACAACAUCCCUGGAAUGGAGCAGAUUGUCAAUUUGACAAAACUAGCAAUAAAUGGGUCAUCGACGGGAUGGUGGAACCAUCUGUUACAUCCUUUGGAUGGACCUUCCAACUCUUCAUUGUCCCAACCAGUGUAGGGCAUCACCCAGUAUACCCCAAAAAGAUUCAAGAAUAUGUUCCGAGCAUCCUUUGCAACAGUGUUGAGAAGCAGAAGAUGACACAUCUUCAGAGUCUUCCAUGUACAUAUAGCAUCUCUGACUCGAGAUAUAUCCUCUUUUGCUGUGGUUAUCUCAAGUUAGGCAGGCUUCUGGAGUGCUAUCCUUCUUUUUUUUAAAACUAUCUUUGUUGGUACCUUUGCUCCAUCAACUUCAAGGUCACUCCUCAUGUUGUGUUUUAUUGAAUGUUAUACCAUGCUUUCACAGUGAACAGUCCAGUAUCACAACUGCAGCACUUCAUCAUGUCUUACCUCUGAGGGUUUAUUGUCUCUUGUUCCAAAUUGGUCAUCAAUUCCGUUAAGCUACUCAGCUCCCAGUCUCGACAAUUACUCCUCAAUACUUUAUUCAAGAAUUACCGUCUCUACAUUGUAUCACAAGCCGGAAUAAUUCAAUGAACUCUUUUAGUGGGCUGCUUCCAACCCACUUCAUGCAAAACGCUGCUAUUUUCACCAUUACCCGUUUCAAAGUAGACAUUUGAGCUGAACUCCUCCUGCAGCUUGCUGAUAUACUUCCAAGGUCCAACACCAUAUGGAGAUUAAGCUAUCUUUGUGACAGUGAUUGUUCACCUUGUUCAGCUAUGAUCAUGCUCCUCCAGUAAGGCCCAUUUUUUUUUUUAUAAAGUCCUCCAGUAAGCCUCAUAGUCACUACUAUACUUCCACAGCCACUUCAUUAGCACACUAGGAUGGCCAGGUUUAUUAUCUCAAGAUCUCCACUUUUAAGGCAAAAGGAGUACCUAUCAGAUCGCAUGAGCUGAUUGUUUUGGAGGUGCAGAUCUUGUUCUAAGUAGACCAGAAAGCCCAUCUGGCAUUUGGAAGAGAGUAGCAGUUGAAUUCGUCAGGAAUUUCUUCUUUUCUUGGAAUUUAAGUGAUUUACUUUAAUCAGACAGUAUAAACUACUCCAACUUUCCAAAAUUUACCAUCCCCAGCUGUGCAUGUCAAAUUUAUCUUUGAGCAUCAAAUUAUUUUAUGUCUGUUAGGUCUUUUCGAAAUUUAAACUUAUUGAUGUGAUUCUGAUAGUUCAAUAGCUCUUUACUUUAACUUCUAACUUAAAAAAUUGGCCAGUUUUUAAAAAGUGAAAUGAAGUGUUUGUUAUUAAACCUUCAAAGUUACAAUUCUCAUAGUUCAUAUACUUCUGAUCUCAGUUCUUGGUCCCACUAUGCCAGUAUAAUAAUGUAUUUUCUUAUCAAGAUGCCUUUCCUGUUUGGUGUCCUCAUUCUUCAAAUCUGCAUGUUAGCAUG